GUUCCUAUCCAACCACACACCAUGUCCACUGCGACUCCGACGGGCGGCGGCGGCAGCGCAGGCCAGGGCGCGAGCGCACAGGCGCUGUCGAGGGGCGGAGUCACACCUGCGGGCUCGGCCGCUGCACUGUCGUUUCUGGGAUCACGAUGGAGCGCCGUCGAGGCUGCUGCCAACGACGCAAAGGUUCCGGUGGGGGAACGACCAGAGAUCCAUAGAGAGCCCGCAGCGAGCAAGGCUGGACCCACCACGGGCGGCUCGCAGCCGGCAAAACAGGGCGGGAUUGGAGGUGCAAAGACGCCCGCCUGGGGCGGUGCGGGCACGAAACGUGCUCAGCAGUCAUGAUAUCACUCAUUCAUAGAUGUCUAUCCUAUAGCUGACAGUAAAUGCAGCUGCUGAGGAUUCCCACAAUUACUUUUGUCAAUGAGCAUUAGUUCAAGCAACCUAUCUG